AUGGAGGAGACCAGGUGUGCAGUGAGGAUCGGAUCUGCUAGCAUAGUGCCUGUGCCUCUGUCUCACAAUCACAACCAAACAGGUAAAACACGGGACCGACAAGACCUGGGUCGGCAUAGCGAUUGCCCCAGCAGCCACCACAGCUACAUCUGCAGCACAGCGUGCUCUCCCUCCUACCGGCAUUUCUACACGGGGGUGUUGGAUCCCAGCCCAGGUGUGCCUGCCUUCACUGCUGUGAGCUAUGUACACGACCAGAAAAUUCUUCACUAUGACAGCGAGACACGGAGAGAGGAGCCACGUGGGGACUGGGUGCAGGGGGCCGUCAACCCAGACUUCUGGGAAAGGGAAACCAGGAGCUUGCGGGGCUGGCAGCAGGGAUUUGAAGGGAACCAGGUCACCCUGCGGCAUUGGUACAACCAGACCGACUGGUCUUACACUCUCCAGUUCAUGUAUGGCUGUGAGCUUGGUGAAGACAACAGCACUGAGGGCUACAUGCAAUUUGGCUAUGAUGGGGAAGACUUCAUCAGCUAUGAUCUGAGAACACACACCUGGGUAGCAGUCCCAACACAGGCCCAGGUCACUCAGAGCAGGUGGAAUGGGGAUAAGAACCUUCUUCUGAUUGUAAGAGCCUACCUGGAGGGGAAGUGCAUCGAGUGGCUAUGGAAGUACCUGCAGCACGGGAAGGCAGCGCUGCAGAGCAAGUCCCCCAUGUCACAGGUGAGUGACAGACCAUCAUCCUGGGCCGGACUCACCACCCUGUCCUGCCAGGUCCAUGGCUUCUACCCCAAAAACAUCUCUGUCGUCUGGCUGAAGAAUGGGGAGGCGCAGCCUCAGGAGACGAGUUGCUCAGGGGUCCUUCCCAGCGGAGACGGGACCUACCAGACCUGGGCCACCAUCGAGAUCGACCCAAACAACAACCACAACUACACCUGCUGUGUGGAGCAUGUGAGCCUGGGGGCAGACCUGAGAGUGGCCUGGGACAAGAGCAGACAGAAGCCUGAGUCCAGCCUGAAUUUGGCCCUCGUUAUCACGAUCGUGCUGGUCAUUAUUGCUGCGAUGAGCACAGCUAUUUACUUCCUCAGGAAACGGGGACCGGGGCACAGAGCAGAGACCGUGGAGCAAUCGCAGCUCCAGCACCCGCUUCAAAGCUCAGCAGAGCCUCGUGAGGCCCGUGACAACUCCUGAGAGACUGGUGGAAGAGGAGAGACAGAUCACUGAGGAACCCAUGCUGAUUCAGCCCUUCCAAAUGCCUUGCUUUUAUUGCCUUGAUUUUGCAAAA